CUAAUUGACUCAUUCUCGAUCUCCACCCUCGUCUUUCUGAUUUGCUUUGCUUCCUUCUAAUACUCUACUACUUCUUGACACCCAACAGCGAACUGUAUCCAACCCAGCCAAAUCCCAAUCCUUCUUCUUAAUUACUCGGUCAGUUUAAAUUUUGGCUAAUCCAACUCAACACGUACAGACUCAGUCAGUCUCAUACUACAUCAUUUUCACAACCAUAUAUACUAGCUACCUAAUCCCGGCCAGUAUAUAUAUGCUUCCUACAGAUCGAUCGACGUCUUUGGUCCAAUCUUGAAUCUCUAAUUGCCAGACGGGUUCUAAUCUUCUUCAUUUGCUUCUGAGAUCAACAUCGGAGCAUACCCAUCAGUUGAGAAAUUCCAAAUAUACCCUUAACGCGGGUUUCAAUAGUAUUAAGGAGAGUCGAGCGCCUCAAACUCUCAGUCCCCUCAAAAUGGCCGACCGAGUCCACCCGGGCGAUUCGCCGGCUGCCCAUACGGCGCCGUUGCAUGCCUCCAACGACAACAACAACUCUGGCCUCCCUCAGCCGGGGACCUACGUGGUCCAAAUCCCCAAGGACCAAGUCUACCGCGUCCCACCGCCGGAGAACGCCACCCUCUACAAGAACUACACUCGCCGAAAGCCUCGCCGCAACUGCUGCCGCGUCUGCUUCUGCUGGAUCCUCGGCAUCCUUGCCUCUCUCAUCCUCCUCUCCGCCAUCGCCGCCGCAGUCUUCUACCUCGUCGUCCGCCCCGAGUCCCCCAACUACUCCGUCCAAAAAAUCGCAUUCAAAGGCUUCAACUUCACCUCCGCGUCGUCGACCAUCUCGCCGGUGAUCGACGUGACCGUGCGUGCGGAUAACCCUAACAGGAAAAUCGGGAUCUACUACGAGCGAGACAGCUCGGCCAACGUGUUCUACACUCACAUCCAGUUGUGUGACGGCGCUCUGCCGGCGUUUUAUCAGCCGCCGAAGAACGUGACGGAGUUGAAAACGGUGCUGACGGGGAGCGGGAUCAGGCUGACGAGCGCGGUGCAAAACGGGCUGGUGGUGGCGCAGAGCCACGGCAAGGUGGCGUUUCUUCUGCAUGUCCGAGCCCCCGUUAGAAUCAAAGUGGGGUCCCUUAAGACGUGGACGAUUACCGUUAAAGUUGACUGUGAUUUAACGGUGGAUAAGCUGACCUCAGACGCCAAGAUUGUUUCUAACGACUGCAACUACGGUGUGGAUCCUUGGUAGACGACUGGAUCGUACGUCAUGAUAUAUAUAUAUAUAUAUAUAUUACUCCUGUGUAUUGGUUCUCAUUUUUCUUGCUUAUGAAACAUAUUGGUUUGCAUUUUUUGAAGGAAUUUAUUGGGGUUUUAGUCUCUGGUAUAGAAAAUAUUCUUACAAUAA